AAAUCAUCAACGUCACCAUGGCCAAAAAAGAGAGCAAUCGCGUGAAGAAGGCCAAGCCCGAGAAGGCGGGCAAAGGGGGCUCGCUGUUCAGCGAAAGUAAAACAGUCGACCCCAGCUUGGCAUCAUUAUUUGCUAGUAGUUUAGGACCAGUCGUAGCUCCACCAAAGUCGCGGUAUCGCCCUGCAGCUACAAAGGAAUUGAAGGAACUGGCAGAAGAUUCAGUCGAUGAGGACUCUGAGGACGAAACCACUGGCGCACAAGCCAAGCAUGCUCAAUCUGCGGCAGAUUUACUGAUCAGCGGGAAAACAGAGCGCCCCGAGAAAAAGAGGAAACGUGGAGGCGAUGACGAGCCGGAAGCUGAGCUAGAAGAUGUCUAUAUGCGCAAGCUAGCCAGGGAAGAAGCGCGAGAGGAUGCCAAGCACAAGAUAGAGAAGGGCAAGAAGCGUCUAAAGACGACAGACGAGGAGGAGAACUCUGCCAGCGACUCGGAUUCAAGCUCCGAGUCUGAGGCAGAGGGCAUGGACGACGAUGCUUCCGAGCAAGAGGAGGAGUCCGCAGUCGACGACGACGCCAAAACACCAUACACACCACCCGUGCACGAAUCUCUAGCACCGUCCUCAGACGCUAUAGAGUUGGAGAAAGCAGCUCGGACUGUCUUCCUCGGCAACGUGUCCAGCACCGCCAUCAAGUCCAAGUCGGCCAAGAAAACCCUCCUAGCCCACCUUGCCUCCUUCAUUCCCGACCUCGCACCACAAAACACGCCGCACAAAGUAGAGACUAUUCGCUUCCGUUCCACUGCCUAUGCUGGUGUUAUACCGAAGAAGGCCGCGUUUGCGUUGAAGGAGGUCAUGGAUGCUACUACCAAAAGCACGAAUGCGUACGCCGUGUACAGCACGCAGGUAGCCGCGCGGGAAGCAGCGAAGCGGCUAAAUGGGACAAUCGUGCUAGAUCGACACUUGCGGGUUGAUGAGGUGGCACAUCCUGCAAAACAAGACCACAAGCGAUGCGUAUUCGUUGGCAAUCUCGGCUUCGUGGACGACGAGACCAACAUCCAAGCAGCGGAAGAGCUCGAAAAUGGGAAGCGAAGUCGGAAGCAGAAGGCUCCCAGCGACGUGGAAGAAGGGCUGUGGGUUCAAUUCAGCAAAGCUGGGCCUGUUGAGAGCGUGAGGGUCGUACGAGAUGCGAAAACCCGGGUGAGCAAAGGCAUUGCUUAUGUGCAAUUCAAGGACCAAAACGGCGUCGAAGCAGCCCUCCAGUUCAACGACCAGAGAUACCCACCCCUCCUCCCCCGCAAACUCCGCGUCGUCCGUGCUAAAGCCUUCAAGCGGAACGCAAAGCCCAACGCGUCCUCAUCCACGAAACCGAAUUUAACAGGCGGUUAUGCGCCCAAGGUCUCCGCCGAAGAGAAGUCGAUGGCCGGGCGCGCCAAAAAGCUGCUCGGUCGGGCUGGUGCAGCACAGGUUCGAAAAGGACAAAUGGCCCUCUCUGGGAACAAGAAGCAGGAUUUCCCGUCCGGCUUCAAGAGGCCAGAGCAGAUCGUGUUUGAGGGCCAUCGCGCAAGCAUCAAGCAGGGUCACAGCGGGCUGAAGUUGGGCAAGACGAUGAAGAAGAAGGGCGUGGGUAAGCCGACGAAGCAUGGUAGCAAGAGGGCGUCGGCGUGGAAGGAGAAGGGAAAGGAGGCAUAGAUUAGUCAAAGUUAAUUCAUGCAUGUAGCCACGAAUGCCUUGCAUGGAGGGUCUAGCAUUGAAUGACAUUCGCCUUUUAGUAGGCUUGAAUAUCUGC